AUGUCAAUGUACAGGAACGCAGUGUGGUUUAUGAAAGGACUACAAGAAUAUACCAAGAGCGGCUACGAAGCGGCCGCCAAGAGUUUUGUAGCGUCUGAUCUGGAUGUGAACGUAAGUGGCCGCUCUUUCUUGAUCACGGGCGCCAACAGCGGCCUGGGCAAAGCCACCGCGCAGGAAAUCGCUAACAGGGGGGGAGUUGUGCACAUGGUGUGUCGUAACAAGGGCAGAGCAGAAGCUGCCAAGGAGGAAAUUGUGGAGCUCAGUAAGAACCAGAAUGUUCACGUCCACAUCGUCGACAUGUCCAGCGCAAAACAAGUGUGGGAGUUUGCGCAAAGUUUCUCCCAGAGUAAUGACCUUCAUGUGCUGAUCAACAAUGCAGGCUGUAUGGUCAAUCAGCGCGAACUGACAGAAGAAGGUUUAGAGAAGAACUUUGCUACCAAUACCCUCGGCACGUACAUCCUCACCACUGCACUUAUACCAGCUUUGAAGAAGGCAAAGGAUCCCCGAGUGGUGACGGUGUCGUCGGGUGGCAUGUUAACGCAGAAACUCAACGUGGACGACCUGCAGUUUGAGAAGGGAGCCUUUGACGGCACCAUGGCCUACGCUCAGAACAAAAGGCAGCAGGUCAUACUGACCGAGAGAUGGGCCACACAGAACAAAGAUAUCCACUUUUCCUCCAUGCAUCCGGGAUGGGCCGACACACCGGCUGUGCAGUCGUCCAUGCCAUCUUUCCACGCCAAGAUGCAGAACAAACUCCGCACGGAGGCCAUGGGUGCAGACACGGUUGUGUGGCUGGCUGUAUCCGAGGCCGCUGCCAAGCAGCCCAGCGGUCUGUUCUUUCAAGAUCGGCACGCUGUGGCCACGCACCUCCCACUUGCCUGGUCCAAGUCCACCACACAGGACCAAGACAAGCUCCUUGCGACACUCCACGAAUUGGCGCUAAAGUUCAAACCUUGA